GGAGCUGCCUAUAAUUGUCUUACAAGAGGGAAAAAACUCUUUACAGGCACUGAGACUCAGUGAAGAUGAAGAUUCUCUUUAUGUUGUUCUGCCUUUUGCAAGAGAACUGCCUCCUGAAAGCACAGCCGAGGACUGAGGAGGUUCAGCACAUUGUGCUGAGACUCGUGUUUCCUCCGUUUUACAACGGCUACAACAAGUCCUGCUGUAAACUGUAUCCUGGCCAAUGCUACAAAGUGCUGGACAGUGCAGGGUACACCUGUGAUUCACUGAGGGGAAGAGUCACCACAACGGAGGAAGACGGAUGGAUCGAGUUCAGGAUAUCAAACGUGCAGGUCGGAGAUGCGGGUUAUUACAGAUGUGCUGUUCUGGGAACCCAGUACCAAAUUUAUUCUGACUACUAUGUGGAGGUGAUUGAAACCUCUGAUCACUACAGCAAGACACAGUUUCCACUGACAACCACAGCAAUCAGGGUCCCAAGCAGCUUCACAACUCUCCUGGCCUCUACUGUUCUGGUCCCAGUACAGGACUUCAGAGACAGUGACGGAGCCUCCUGGAAUUUUCGCAUGCUGCUCUUUGUCACUGUGUCCAUCGCAGCCAUGAUCUCUGUUGUAUCUGUUGUUGUUGCUGUUUGCUGUAAAGUCAAAGCAAAACGCAAAAAGUCAAACGUACAUGGAGAAGCUCUGUGUGAGUCACAGAAACGAGACGCCCCGGAAAUUAGUGGAAUCGUCUAUGUAACAGUGGACUUUAAGCCUCGUCAGAAACCUGAGGGGGUGUAUGCAAACCUGGAACAGCAGACAACCGGAGAAAGCAUCUCUCAAGCGGACAAUGCUGGGAAAGUGGAGUACUCCACAUUGGCAGUCCAGCUGUGA